AUGUUCAUGCUAAUCUUUGUGAUUCUGGUGGUGCACGUUGAUGCGCGGUGCGGGGUGUCAGAGGGAGUGCUGCAGUGCCGGGACUGGAGGGAGUUCGAGCGAGGUAAUUACCCGAUGGCAAACUUCAUCAUUCUGGAGAGGGCGAUGGGAGAGAUUAACAUCGAGGAAUACCCAGUAUUGACCAGACUAGUGAUCCGCGACCCGCGAACUAAGUGCGAUGCCAUCACGGCAAACGUCUGGACAGGCUCCCUCACGUGUCUGGAUGGUCAGCACAGCAGUGGGGUCACAGACAUUAUAAAAACGACCACCCACAAGACCAUCGAAAUGACAGCCAUUACAUUCA